GGGGGUAUCGUAACUUAAUGUAUGCGCUUGGCAUUGCCUAUCACCACUGGAUCAACACCCAUCCGCAGAGUGCACUGCACACCUAUCGCUCUCAGCACAGCGAAGGAAAGUUCGACUUCUACAGGUCGCGCAAUCAGAUCGUGGACAUUGACGAAAUAGAGCAGGUGAUUCGCACAGCCCUGUUACCUGCGGACGUUAUAGCACUCGAGCACGUGCUAUUAUGUGUGAAAUGGACUGCGGUGUUGCUGACGGUGUACACUGUUGUCUCAGUAGUUGUGACAAGGAGAUACGGCUGUAGAGCCCUGGGAAAGUCCUGAGUGGCACAGUAAGGGGUUUAUUGACUUACCCUCGAGUGUCGCUGCACGUCCAGGCAUAGCUUUCGCUCAAGGAAGGCAGUAUAUGCAUAGGUAGAUCCGGUUCAGACUUACCUUUUACCUUUAUAAGACUUACCUACUCUAUGGUUCAUACUUCACUCCUACUUUUAUAAGACUUAUUUACUCAACUAAUGUACAGUAUAGAACGACCGAAGUACAGUACAUCCCCGAUUAUAGGCGUUAGGGUAUGGGAUUUAGGGAUUUAGUAGUUCGGCAGUUGGCGCGCUUGCAAUCUUCCAAUUUCUUCGGCCGUUUAAAA